AUGUCUUCAAAUCCGUCGGCAAUAUCGCCCCGCCUCCUGGCUUGUGUGAGGUGUCAACAGCGGAAAGUCAGGUGCGACCACAAAUCUCCCUGUGGGAAUUGUGCCGCGUCCGACACGCAGUGUAUCCCUGCAACCCUUACUCCACGCCGUCGUCGGUUCCAAGAGCGAGUUCUGUUGGACCGGCUGCGCCACUACGAAGUCCUCCUUCGCCGACAUAACAUUGACUUUGAGCCCCUGCAUCCUCAAACCAAGGAGGAGCCUGUCGUCGCUAAUAUCUCUGGAGACUGUGAACGGUUGAAAACGGCGAGAGGACAGACCCCUGUCCAGUCCGAGGCAGUACCUCUGGCAGGCCAUAAGCCGAGUGAGAAGACACUGGAACCCGAAGAUAACGACGGCGCCCGUCAAGAUGCGCAGGACGACGAGGUAACAAACGCCUGGGACCACCACGUCGACCCGUCGGAAGAGAAUGACCAUACCACCGAUGAUCUUCUGUUCGGCCAACCACAGGCUAAUGUGAAUCUUCUCGCCCUGCAUCCCCAACAAGCCCAGAUCUUCAGGCUCUGGCAGACGUACCUGGAUAACGUAAAUCCCCUGCUGAAAGUAACCCAUACACUGACGCUCCAGCCGCGGAUUGUCGAUGCGGUCAGCGAUCUUGGAAAUAUCCAUCCUACCUUGGAGGCACUCAUGUUUAGUAUCUACUGCAUUGCGGUCAUGAGUCUUGCCGAUCACGAAUGUCAUCAGCUGCUCAAAUCAUCCAAGGAAGAUCUGCUGGCGCGCUACCGGUUGGGGUGUCGGCAAUUGCUGAUCAAGUGUCAGCCCUGGCAUUGUACCAAUGUUGACGGCUUGACCGCAGUGUACCUCUACUUGGUCUCUAUUUUGCCGCAAGCAGAUCCCCGCUCGCUCUCAUCCAUGCUCGCUGCCACCCUCCGGAUUGCACAGCGGAUGGGGCUUCACAAUGAGUCGACAUACACUCGAUAUACUCCCGUAGAAGCUGAGAUGCGCCGAAGAAUCUGGUGGUCACUGGUGGUUUUUGAUCAUCGCAUGUGCGAGAUGUCCGACUACAGGAUCACCACCUUGACACCUACUUGGGACUGCCGGAUUCCGUCAAACGCCAACGAUUUUGAGAUCCGGCCCGACACCAAUUCCUCCCCCACCAACAACGAGAAGCCGACGGAGGCGCUGUUCACGGUCGUUCGUAGCGCGCUCGCCGACCUGAUCCGCCAUACCAACUUUCACAUCAACUUUGUCAACCCGGUACUGGCGGCGGUGGCUAAGGCAAAGGAUCCUCGCCACACUUCCACUUCUGCUCAUAAUGAGGUGUCGCCUAUACAGAAGACUAUCGAGGAAAAGUACCUCGCUUUCUGCGACCCCGCUGACCCGCUUCACUACAUGACAAUCUGGACGACGCGCGGCUACCUGGCUAGAAACCGCCUGCUGGAGUACUACGCGCGGCACUCGACCUCGCCAGCGACGCAGCAGACAGACGCGCAGCGCUAUGCUGCUCUUUCCUACGCCCUAGAGAUGCUGGAGUGUGAUACGAAACUGCGAGUCUCCCCUUUGACCAGUCGGUACCGGUGGUUCGUAGAUUUUCAUGUCCCCGCCCUGGCAUACAUCCACGUUCUGAACCACCUCAAAAAAAGACCCACAGAAAGGCACACAGGAAAGGCUUGGCAGGCCAUGAGCGAGAAUUACAAAGCGCGUGCCACGCACCCCAAGCCCAGCGGGCAGAGUGCCUUCACAGUCUUUGCAAGGGUGGUACUCCAGGCCUGGGGAACGCGUGAGAUAUUCAUCCGGCAACGGGGCAUGCCUGUAGAGACACCCUGGAUCGUGUUGGAUAUCCGCCAAAAAGUAGGGCAGAAAAACUCUGGUUCCUCCAUGAUAUCGAGCUGCAACAGCGGGGUGCCGCCUCACAGCGGCAUAGCGAGCACUGCCAUACCUGCGCAGAUGAACUUUACCAGUCACGGUACCGACGGACAAGUCUUCCCAGGUCCGGAUAUAGGACCCAAUAUCUUCCCCGAUGCCACUGCAACGCCUGACAUGGACAUUGAUAUAGAUCAAUUUUGGACUGCAAUAGAUUGGAGGUUGAUUCAUACACAGGCCUGGUGGAAUACAAAUCUCUAA